GCCCACGGCUCGGCCUCUCCGACCCCUGAGGGGGCCACGCCAGUCGUACCGGGACCUCGCAGCGCGCCACAGCCCCGCACUCCGCCACCUUAGUCUCGUCACAGGCCUGGUACCGCCACACGCCACCAUGUCUUCCCGCACCAUCCUGAGCCGGCCCCGCACCCGCCUGUACGACUGCAACUACAACAUCGGCCAGAGCUACUACAAGCCCAUGGUGGACCACCUGGACCGCAAGUACUCCGGCAGGCCCACAGAGAUGCCCAGCGCCUACCCGGCGACCCGCCCCACCAACCAGGAGGAGCAGGACCUCUUCAGGCCGAGGCGGGCUGGCUCCGCACUGCCCGACUUCCCCGAGGACCCCAUCAUCUCCGAGGUGGGCCGCAAGCCCCUGUCGGGCGCGGCCUCCGCGGCGCUGCGGGAGUUCGACGAGAUCUUCGAGAACCGGCCGUCCGCGCGCGGUGAGCGCGAGCGCGGCGGCGCGGGCCUGCGCGCGUCCUCGCUGGCCAACGGCGCCUCCAACGGCUACGACAUCGACGACGCCAUCGAGGAGGUGCGGCGCGCGCGCGCCCGCCGCCUGGAGGAGGCCGACGACGACGUCGCGGAGAGCGUGGCGACGCGCCGCCGCAACCUGGUGGCCAUGAAGAACGAGCGGGAGCAGUCGCUGGCGGAGCGCGCGCUGGAGACGGUCGGGCUGCGCAAGCUGGACCUGGACAGCGACGCGGCCUCUACCCUCAUCAAGAAGCGCACGCUGCGCAUCACGCAGGACGUGGAGCAGGCCGCGGCCCAGGGCGGCGAGCUCACCCGGUGGACCAAGGUGGGCGCCGGCUCCCCGCUCGCGCUCGAGAGCGCCUCCGAGGCCGCCGCCAUCAACCGCGCGCGCCAGACGCGCAACCGGCUGCAGGACCUCGAGAACGAGAUGGAGGAGCUGGCUGAGAGGUCGGCCUUCCGGGACCGGCGCGCCGCCCAGCUGCGCUCCCUCGUCGCCGAGAACGCCGAGCGCGCCGCCGAGGAGGACUCGUCCAGCCUGCGCGUCAAGUCCAGCCUCCGCUCCGAGAAGAAGACCGUCACUUUCUAGGCUGUCCGCGGGGCUGCCCGUGGGCCACUGCCGCCCAUGGCGGUGGAUGAUGGAACGGACUAGAACGGCCAGCCGGCCGUGGAGGCCGUGGACACGCGGCAGCCCCACCAACAUCAAACCGUGCUUUUAUAUCGUUCGCUUCGCGGCAUGCCGGGGCAUGCCGUCACUGGCCCGGCCGCCAGCCGCCAGGCACUGCAUGGCUGUGUGAAGCUCCCGUCGAGGACUCGUGCUGGUACGCCCUGGUACGCCCUGGUACGCCCUGGCUGCGCGCUGCGGCUAGCGAGGCUCCAGGCGACUCCAGCCUCGGCCCCGCUCCACCGCGAUGCCUGCCGGCUUCUCGCUGGAGGCUCCGCUGGGGGCGAGGGGGCGGAACUUGACGAAUCGUCCGAUUUCUGUCCGCCCUAUCACACACACGGCGACAGUUGCAGACGUGACAGGGACUUCAAAAAUACGGACUUUCGUCAAGUUUCGCAGGUGCAUUUCGAUUCGUGACGCCUGUGGAGGUGGAGGCCGCGAUUGACGUGGGGACUAGUGUCUAUGUAUAUAUUUAACCUCUUUUGUACGUUAUGUGUAAGCGAUGUACAUGUGAAUAAAAAAAGAUGAGACCAUGGUAAAA